AUGGAUGAAUAUGCCGCCGCCCACAACGAUAUGGCAGACCAAGUGCUGGAGCAGAAGGUACAGGAGAUGGAGAUGAAGCUUAUGGAUGUGGAAGACAUGACACGCCAAAAUAAUCUUCGCCUCAGAGCGGUCCAUGAAAUGGUAUUACCGCCAGACCUGCUGGUCUACGUCAGAGGUCUGCUACAUGCUUAUGCCCCAGAAAUACCGGCAGACAUGCUAUUAGUGGACCGGACUUGGAGACUUAACAUUAUGUCAGAAAAUGAGUCCACUUUAAAUGAAUUCACUGUGAAAGGGUUUUCAGACUCGCCACAACUUCAAUUUCCUCUUUUUAUAACAUUUUUAUCAGUGUAUCUUAUCAUUAUCUUCAGUAAUCUUAUCGUUGUUUUAUCAAUAAUUUUGUACUCUGAUUUACACACACCCAUGUACAUCCUCUUGUGUAACCUAUCAGUCAUUGAUAUCUCAUACACAUCGACCAUUCUACCCAAACUGUUGGCAAUGCUCCACACUCAGUGUAAGACCAUCUCCUUUCUAGAGUGCUUUAUUCAGCUGUAUUUUUUCCUAUCUUUUAUUUGUGUAGAAAUUUUUCUACUGGCUGCUAUGGCUUAUGAUCGCUAUAUAGCAAUCUGUCACCCUCUUCAUUACUCAAUACUUAUGAGUCCAAAGCACUGUGCUCGACUAGUGCUUACAGUGUGGGUCAUGGGUUUAUUCGAUCCUGUUGUGCAUAUUUUUUUAUUUGCUAACUUGUCAUACUGUCAUUCUCACCACAUUGACCAUUUUUUCUGUGAUGUAACCUCACUGAUUAAACUUACCUGUAGUGAUACAUUUACUAUUGAGAUAUGGAACUAUGUUGAUGGGACUCUGAGUGUCAGUGCAUUUAUACUUACGUUGAUAUCUUAUGUGUUUAUAAUCUCUACUAUCCUAAAUAUACAAUCAGCAAGUGGUAGACAUAAAGCUUUUUCUACCUGCAGCUCCCACAUAACCUGCGUUAUUAUAUUUUAUGGCACAUUGAUCUGUUUGUAUAUGAAACCAACAUCAAUGUAUUCUCCAGGACAGGACAAGUUCUUUUCCAUUUUAUAUAUCAUACUUAUUCCAAUUUUGAAUCCUCUUCUUUACACCCUCAAGAAUAAGGACUUUAAAGAUGUUUUUAAUAGAUUAAUAAAAAAAAUGUUUUGUUCUGAGCUAUACAUUAAAGUAGUCCUAUAA